GGCGGCUAUGUAUGAAUGAAUGUGUGACACGAAAACAGAGAGUUACACUUUGCGUAAACUAUCUUAUUGGGAAAAAAAAUAGCAUCCUGUACGACGAAGAAAUGAGACAACUAGCACCGACGAAGGUGUUGAUAAAAUAAUGUACAGGACAGGUAGUGACGGUACUGUUGUUGUGAUGAGUCAUGUCAGAGCGGAGAACACAAAGUGUUGCUGCUCCGGAGUUCACAGAAUACUGGAGGAAUGCGUCCAGACUUUCCAACAGCAAAACAAAAGAGAAGAAAAAAACAAAACACAUAGGAACUACAUCACCGCUCUCUACAGAUUUGCAGAGCCCUAAGCGCAGCAGUUGCAGCAGGUUUCUUAGACUGAAUAAUGCAGAUUCACCAGGUGAUGUGGAGCCUUCUCAAGAUAUCAUCUGGGAUUCAACAUCUCCAACUCCAGCCACCACUGGGAAUAGGUGUACAAGAGUUGUGGAAAUAUCAGAAAUUGUCAACCGUCUUGCUCCAAAGGAUGAGAGGCCGAUGAGGACUGAAUCUCCUCUGCUGCAGUGGAUUGGCGACAGUGCCAUACCAUGCACACCAGAGUUUCCAAAGCUAAGAGUAAGGAAGAGGUCCACACGGCAAAACAGUGUGGAAGACCUUAUGAAACUGGCACGACAGUUUGAUGAGAACAUGCAGCAAGACAAGGAGGCAUCAGAACAACUCAACACAGCUGGCAGUAACCCCAAUGAUUGUGUAAACUCUUUUGAAACGGUACUGACUGACAAAUCGCUCCUGAAAAACGUGAAAGAACCAUGUUCGAUAGAGUCAGAGGAGGCAGAGCUGCGUGCACUGUUUGACUGCUCUACUCAGAGGGUCAGCGGUAGGCUUAGUCAAGGCUCCUCUGUAUCAACACGUUCAGAGGACAUAAAAGAACAAUCUGUGAGGUCAACAACAGUCGAACCCCGGCUGUCAGAGAUCCCUUCAGUUUCACGAUGUCUUUCAACAACACAUGCUGCUGAAAAUGAGUCAUCUGGCCUUGGCAGAAACAAAUGUGAUGACCUUGACAAUGACUGGGGAAACGACGAUCUACUUAAUGACUCAUUAUUGAUCGCAAUAAGUCAAAAUCUUGAAGAGCAACACAACACUGAAACCACCUUGCAGUCUAACACUACGUCUAACACUACUCAGUGUGCCUCUGCUAGGAAGCCUUCUGGGAAUGCAAACCCUGCACCCAAGGUUUCAAAUGUGCACUUGAAUCCGAGCUGUAGUGCAUUCAAGGAAUUGUGUCCUAAACCAAAGACUACAAACCGAAGCACUUUCAAGUUAGGGCCGAAUCCUCACUUACAGCCUCCAUCAGGGGCAGCAAAAGAAGUUUCCAAAUCCAAUUUCACAGUAAUACAAUCUUCUAAUCUCACAAAUUCAGACCAGAAAUCUGCUGCUGUAAAGACACCACUCUACAAAGACUCUGCCCCUCAGCCUGACAAAAUCAGUAAUGAUCGAGCAUGUGGAGCUGCAGAAUUUGUAAAAGACAUUUCAGACAGCUUAUGGGAUGAUGGUGAUGACGCACUGCUGUACCAGGUAUGUGACAGUGUGGAGAGGAUCUCCAACAGCCAGCCACAGCAGACAAGCCCCAACAGUUGCCAAGAAAAACAAGAUAUAACUGUAGACAGACAGCGAAAAACCACAGCGCCUUUGCCAAUCAAACCCGCCUGGUCCACGAACGCUAGUACCAGUGCUAACAGACAGUCACCACGUGCUUUUGUUCGAUGUAACUCAUUACCAGGAACAAGCUGUGAAUCUGUGAACUACCAAGGAUGGAACAUUCCCAUGAAAGGUUCCAGCAACAAAUCAGGGACAUCUCAAAGCCUCCCAGGAAGCCAUGUGGCUCUGGGCUCAUUUAGCCAGUUUGGGGAUUCCUCUGGAACUUUCCAGCCUCCAAAUGCUAAUCUGGUUAUGCAGCCUCAUAUAGUGACAGUCAGGCCACCACAAAUCUCCAAGUCCCAUUCCACAGCCUUCAAGAGAACUGUGUCAGACGCUGCGGUUAUAAGGAACAAAGUUUUUGUCACCAGCCAGAUGCCAGGGAAGUGCUCUGCAGCUGAAAUCGAGAGAAAGAAACAAGAGGCUCUGGCAAGGCGACGGCAGCGAAUGCAGAACCCUCAAAAACCAUAGAAGGCCUUUAUUCUUAUUGAAGCCACAUUCUGUUGCUGUUUGAAAAAGUAAAAAAAAUAAAUAAAUAAAGCAUCAUAAUAAACAUUAACACAACAUUCAACAUCCAUUCAGUCAACAAUAAUGGCUAAGCUACUUCCUCUUUAAGGCUGUUAGUUUUGUAUGUGCAUAUAGUUUUUUGGAUGACAUUCCUGACACUGCACAGAAAAGACCUUGAGCCUGUUAAAGACAAGAGAGGUCCUGUGGUUUAUAGCUGCUGGAGCAUUGUGCUGCUAAUGUAGAAGUAUCUUUAUGAAUAGACGUUUUGAUGCAAGUCUCUCAUCUGCUACUGGAAUAACAUAAAAAGAGAUUUCCCUGAGCUUUUUUGCAUUUGGAUUUUGAAAAACGGUUACCAGCCAUUGAGAUUGAAAUCAUUCCACAUGCUGACACUGUUCAUAGUCUUCUUUUGUUUUAUUAGAAGUGACAACAAUUUCAUACCUUUAACCCCAUCCCCAGAAAUUGUCAGAUUCUAUAUUGCAUGUUUGUUUCCAAAGAUGAAUUAUGUGCCUACUAUUUUCUAUUGAAGUUUACUAAUACUAUUUUGGAGACUGAGACCACAGCUUUUAAUCACUUGAGCAUUGCCUUGGUGGAAGUGAAUCAAGACAUCACAGCAGUAUUUGUUUAAACAUUUGGGAUCCAAAUUCAUGUGUUUUUCAUCCUGUCCUUAUUCAGUUCUUCUUGUAUGUUUGUUUUGGUUUGUAUUUCAUGUUUUACUCUUUUUUGUGUGUGUGUGUGCAUGUCACAUUUGUUGUAUUCUUUCCAUAUUGAACACAUCAGACAGUAUUAAGGCCGUGGUUUGAAGGAACAGUUGUAUUUGUAAAAGCCUCUCUAUGCACCUUUGAAAACCGUUAAUCCAACAACAACCAUGUAAAUGUGUUUCUUUAAUUAACAUGGGAUGAGACUGAAAUAAGCACUCUGACUGUAAACUACUAAAAGUAUUAGUUUAGACAGAAAAAAACAUAAUGUUCAAUUUUGAUCCUAAUUUACCUCCAUGAAGGGAAAAGCGGAAUUAAGUGGCAGCUCAAAGCUGUACACACCUUGGUUUGUCAUUUCAUUUCACAGCUCACAUGGAUACUGACAUUGAACAAAAGUAAUAAAAAGCUUCAUACAUAUUUG